AAACAAGCCCAUCAAAAAACCACACUCAUAGUUAAGCUACAAAAAAUGGAGAAAAGCUGGGUGCUAGCUUUUCUCCUGCUCCAGCUGAUCUCCACAGAAGCUGGCUUUGGUGUUGGCGUUGGUAUUGGCAUCGGUUUUGGCAAUGCUGGUGGCGGCGGCGGCGGCGGCGGAGGAACAGGCGUUUGGAUUGGUACUGCAAGCCCAAGUGGUUCAAGUGAUCUCAAUGCUGCUUACACUGCUCUCCAGGCAUGGAAAUCUGCAAUUGUUGAUGACCCAUUCGGGAUUCUGCAGACAUGGGUUGGCUCAGAUGUUUGUUCUUACAAAGGAGUAUUUUGUUCAGCAACACCUACCCAAUUUGUCUCAGGAAUAGAUCUCAAUCAUGCAAAUCUUCAAGGUACUCUUGUCAAUGAACUCUCUGUACUCACAGACAUGACUUUGCUUCACCUCAAUAGCAAUAGAUUUUCAGGCACAAUUCCUGAAACUUUCAAAGAUCUCACAUCUCUCCAGGAAUUAGACAUCAGUAAUAACAAUUUCUCUGGUUUUUUUCCUACUGUCACUCUCUACAUGCCAAACCUUGUUUAUCUAGACCUUAGAUUCAAUAGCUUCUCUGGAAAUCUCCCUGAAGAUCUCUUCACCAAGGGACUUGAUGCAAUCUUUGUCAACAAUAACCAAUUUACUGGUGAGCUUCCACAAAAUUUGCCUAGUUCCCCUGCCUCUGUCAUCAAUUUAGCCAAUAACAGGUUCACUGGAAGUAUCCCAGCUGGUCUUGCCUUCACCAAUUCCAGAUUAAAGGAGAUUCUGUUGCUCAAUAACCAGUUAACAGGUUGCAUUCCACAGGGAAUUGGGCUGUUUUCUGAUUUGCAAGUUUUUGAUGUAAGUUAUAACUCAUUGAUGGGUCAUUUGCCAGAUUCUAUAUCUUGUUUAAAUGGGAUUGAGGUUCUUAAUUUGGCUCACAAUGAGCUUUCUGGAGAACUGCCGGACUUAGUUUGUUCUCUUAAAAGCCUGAUGAAUCUGACGGUGGCUUUCAAUUUCUUUUCUGGGUUUAGCCAGCAAUGUGCCAAAUUGUUUUUCAGAAAUGUGGGGUUUGAUUUUGCAUCAAAUUGCAUUCCUGGAAGAGACCUGCAGAGACCUCAGCCAGACUGCUCCUCCAUUCCUGGAGGAGGACUGAGCUGUCUGAGAGUUCCUUCUGUACAGCCUCUUGUUUGUGGGUCAUUACUUGGUAACUCAGCUCAUCAAACUCCAUGAACGCCCCAGAGAGAGAGAGAGAGAGAGAGUUACUUUCAGCUGUAUUGUAUAACAGAAUGGUCAUGGCUGUCUUUAAUUAAUAUAGAAUUUACGAUUUUGUAGCUUCUUAA